CGUCCGUGGCGCAAGCGUAGCGAAGCGGUGGCAUCACUCUGAUUUUUAGCUUGCGAAAAAAUUUCGGUCUGCGUUCAUGGAAGAAUCUAGUGAUUCUUGCGGCUGAAACAACUGCUGGUUUUAAUGUUUUUAUGAUAUGGAAAAGAGUUAUCUUUGAAGCUUGUCAAGUAAAAGUAUAUAUGGUCGAAGAUGAUGUUCAUUCUUUCGGGUUUAUAGAUUUAAAAAGCUACAUAUUGGACGUCAUGAGUUUGUCCUCUCCAGUCAGCUGCGCUGUCACUGAAGCUAAAUGUUUACAUAAUCCCAAGCGUGAGCCACAAUUACUACAAAAUACAAAUGUAUCGGAAUUGGACACUGCUGAAGAUCUGAGAAGGAAACUCUGCCAAGCUAAAAAAGAAAAAUUAGACUUAACUAUUAAACACAAUCAAGAACUGUCGAACUAUGAAAGCCAGAUGGUCAAAUUACGGUUGGAAAUUGAGAAAGGAGAGGCUGUUCGACAAAGUCUGGAGUAUGAAUUGGCAAUUGCCAGAAAAGAUGCUCGUCUGAAAAUGUAUGCUGCAGAAGAGGAGUUAAGUGAUGCAAAAACCAAGCUUGUGCAACUGCAAGUAUUGAAUGAGAAACUUCAGCAGAAAGUGGCAGAGACUGAGAAAACAUUUCAUAUUGCUCAGCAGAAGUGGAAAGAACAACAGCAAAGACUUGUGAGUGAGAAGGAUGAUAUCCGCAGAACUUGCAGCAGUGAAUAUGAAUUGCUCCUUCAGGAAAGAAACAAACUAGAAAGUGUUUUGCAGGAACAGAAUAAUGCACUGCAAAAUAUGUGCAAGAAAAUGAAAGAUGUGGAGGUGGAACACAAUGGCUGUACUGAGCUGCUGAGGCGCCAGGCCACUGAGCUUGAAUACAGUGCUGAACGAGAGGAGCGACUUAAAAAAGAACUUGAAGCAGCUACAGUGAGAAUAAAGAAACUGGAAGAAAACAUUGAAGCAGAGAGAGCGGCACAUUUGGAAUCCAAAUUCAAUUCAGAGAUCAUCCAGUUAAGAAUUCGAGACCUUGAAGGAGCUUUGCAGGUGGAAAAAGCCAGCCAAGCAGAAGCUCUUUCGGAUUUAGAAAUGAUCAAGAAAGAGUUCAAAGAGGUAGAAAAUGCAUAUGAAAGAGAAAAACACAACGCCCAAGAAAACUUGGAAAAACUCAAUGUAUUAGAAAGAGAGUGUUUCUCCACAAACAAGCAAAUGAAUGAGAAGAUUGAGGAAAAGAAGAAGGUAAUUAAAGACCUCUCUGAGAGACUACGGAAUAAUGAAAAAACCUGCAGAGAAUUACAGGAAGAACUUGCAAUGGCCAAGAAACACCAGGUCUUUCUAACAGAGACGUAUGAAAACAACAUGAGAGAGCUGGAGUUACUCUUGGACAGCUUUGCUAUGUCAGGCCAGCGGACAGCAGGCACUUGUAAGGACAAAGAUAAACCUCCGAGCCUCUCUGUCCUUGAGACUUUGAGGUGUACCUUGACAGCUUACCAGAACAAGCUGGAAGAUACGUCUAAUGAGCUUGGAAAAAUGAAGGCUUUGUAUGAAAAGAUGACAAAAGAACUUGAGAUAUACAGAGAGAAAAUGUGUGCUUUAAGUCAAGACCUUAAGGAAGCUCACAAUAACCUGGCUGAUGCCAAUAAAGAGUUAAAUCAUGUGCACACUAAGUGUGCAGACAGCGAGGCUUUAAUAGGAACUUUAAAAAUGGAACUACAGAAUGUGCAGCAAUGCUGGGAGAAGGAGCAAGUACGUGCCACAGAAUCUGAAAAUGAAAUCCAGAAGCUUACCAGGGCUUACCAGAAGGAUAUGGAGGAGAAGCUAACCUUCCUCCAUAGCUUAUACCAGCGUUUGGUAGCAGGCUGUGUGCUUAUAAAACAACCAGAAGGCAUCCUAGAUAGAUUCUCUUGGUCUGAGCUUUGUGCAGUCUUGCAGGAGAAUGUUGAUGCCCUGAUCUUAGACCUCAACAGGGCUAAUGAGAAGAUAUCUCACCUAGAAUAUAUUUGUAAGAACAAGUCAGAUACUAUGAAGGAGCUUCAGCAGAGCCAGGAAGAUGCUUUUAGCAAAAUGGCUGAAGAGAUAAAAGCACAGGAAAGCUGUUGGCAGAAAGAAAAAAAGUAUCUGGAACAGCAGUACUCAGGUCUCCUUGGGGAAGUUCAUGCAAGGGCACAGGAAUACCAAGAAACAGCAGAGAAAAACAAGGAAAAAAUUUAUGUCCUUGAAAAGAGACGGGAGAAAUUGGCCCUUGAAAAUGUUUCUGUGAAAAAUACAUUAACGCAGGUUCAGAAGGAGCAUUCAUCUCUCCUGGCAGCCUGUGCGCUAUUAGCAGGUGCCCUGUAUCCUCUCUACGGCCGAUUGUGUGCUAUGUCUUCCCAAAGAGACCUCCUCCAGGAUCAGGUCAACAUUUAUGAAUUAGCGAGCCAGGAGAUUAGGACCCUAGUUCAUGCUCUCUCUGAUGUAGAGGAGAACAAUCAAGAUGAAGCAAAACUCAAGAAAAGAAAAUUCAAAGGCUUGAUUCAUGUGUUCCGAAGAGGUGUGAUUGCAGUUUUGGCAGCCAACAGACUUAAAGUUUUAGCCAAAUCUUCUAGUUCCCUCUUCUCCUGGGUAGAUGACUUCAAAGAAGGCAUUGGAGUUCUAGUUUGUAUAGGUGACUCCAAAGGCAAGCGUAAUCUGUCAAGUCACGAAGAUGAACAAAUUCAUUGUGUUGAAGCGCUCAGCUGGUUUACUAGUUCUAACCUCCUUGCUGCAAUAGUCAGUUCCGUCACUGAAUUACAGGAUGUUGUUAACAAAACAGAUGCAAAGCCCUGGCUUUCUGGACACUCACUUGUAAGUGUGGCCAGGAACUCCUUCUCAAAACUUAUGGACAAGCUGAAUGUAAUAAUGGAGACUGUUCCGCUAGACAGCAGCAGGAGCAUUACUUACCUGGAGGAGGACUCCUUGGUGCAGAGGCUGGCUCAUGGACUUCAUAAAAUAAACACCCAGGCCCUGGAAGCUGGACUGUGUGACAGACUACCCAUUAUGAAAAUUACAGCAUCCUUGCAGAAGCAGAUAUUUGAAUUUAUACAAAGACUUCAUACAGCAGAGGUGGAACGCUGCUCACUGCGCCUAAAACUUUCAGAAUUCAGAUGGAAUUUCAGUGAGAUGAAAAAAGAAGCUGACAAAGCCCAGAACCUGCAAGAGCAAUUAAAUAUGUUUAAGCAAUCUAAACUGAUCAUCCAUGAGAGGUUUGAAAGUGCAUGUGAAGAAUUGAAUAAUGCAUUACAUCGGGAGCAUCAGGCACAAGUGCUUUUGAAUGAACAGGCACAACAGCUACAGGAGUUAAAUAAUAAACUAGAAUUGCACUCCAGUGAAGAAGCAGAUAAAAACCAAGUCUUAAGUGAGACUGUAAAGGAGAGACACAUAGAGAGCAUCCUGUUGGGGACUGAACCCGAGAGCUUCUCUUCACAGAAGGAAAGAGAAGAUGACUGUGACAAAGUCUGCAUUCUGUUCCUCAAUCUGCACUUCAGAUAUCUAAACUUAAACUUCACUGUACAUUUCUCUCUUCUGUGGUUUGUCCAUGAAGUUUGUUUGUUUUGUUGUCUUACUGUCUAUUAUCUUAUUUUUUUUAAAUCACAAACUUGUGCAUUAAAUCUUCUCUUGGAGAUAAAUAAUUGUACUCUAUUCUGCUUAGCAGUUUGAAAGCAGCUCUUUAUGUUGUGGUGCACAGCUUUCCUUGCUUUGCUUCUCUGGUUAGCCUCUAAGAUUCAGGGUCCAAGGAACAGGUCCUGUUCUUUUUCCACUUUAGGGAUCACCUCAUUAGGAAUAUUGAUCCCUGUGUUUCCUCACUGGAAAUUAACUUAUUUCCAGGCAGGUUGUUAGGUCCGUGUGUUUCCUUUGUUCUGUGCCUGGAACAUUCAUCAGUAUCAGCAUGAGUAGUCUGUAGGGACUGAGGUCAGUACAUGGCCUUUAGAAAAGUAUUGUAUUUGCUCCAUAGUCAUCAAUGAAGCAACGAAGCAACUAGCAACCAAGUUGUUGAAGGUCUGCCUUAACUUUUCUGAAUUAGGCUUGCUGGAAAACAUGUAAGUAAUGAGCAGAAUAGGAGAAAAUAACGUCAAAAUUUGUGGUUAUGAACUAGUUAUGUGUUUGCAUUAACAUGAAGUCCAAUACAACAAUUCAAAUUUUUGCAGUAUGAGUCACACAACUAUAAUUUAAUUUGGAACUCUUUUUGAAAGGAUAUUGGCAUUACCAUUUUGUUAUUGUUUCAUUCCUCUGCAGUUCCUCUUUUGUCCAGUUUUGCAAGUUGAAUGUUGGUAAUAGUUGAUUGUAAUUUGAGCAAUGUUAAGAUUUUACAUUGGAAUUUGAACACGUAUUCAUACCAGGUGAACAUUUUUUGUUAUUUUUUAAAUUAGCUUACUAAAAAAUAAUUUAUUGGUUAGUAAUAAGAAUAUUACUCAGGCUGGUUU